AUGCUACUCACCUGGAAAGGUGCUAGCAUAGCGACCUUUCCAGGUGGUGUCAAUGGACUUUGGGAUCCCCCUGCCGAGAUCUCGUCGGGAAACAUCGCUCUGUUGUUAUGGCAGUGCUCAUUUACCGGGUUCGUGAUAGCUAUAGCGAUGUCGGAUACCGAUGUCAUGACUGUGGCCAAGGUCUUCGAAGAAUGCAUCGAUAGACGAUUUGGUGCUCCGUCUCUUAUUCGUCACGACGUUGGCCCACGCUUCAUGAACGAGGUCUUCCAAGCCUUCGCUGAACUAAUGCAAGCGCGGUCUAGGUCAACGCUGAGCUAUCGCCCACAAGCGAAUGGAGAGCAAGAGCGAUCAGUCAAGACUGUGAUGCAGUCUAUAAAAGUCUAUGUGGAAGACCCG